AUGGAUCUGGAGACAGAGAAUCGUGUGGCCUCUUUACUACUUGAAGAGGCACGGAGAUUACAGAUAGAGGCUGACAGGGAAGGUGUUCAUGCAUAUCUACGAAAGCCUAAUAUAAGGCAUCGUCCAAACUCACGGUUCCUCACAGCGACCGUUCGUGGAGUUCAGCAAGCAAACCGUGUUGUGGAGAUCAAUGAAAUGUGGCGUGCUAGGGAAAAGGAGCUGGAGUUGGAGUCAAAGAUGAAAGGCAGAAGUAAAGAUUGUGAUGAUUCUAGAGGCGAGAAGCGCAAAAGUGAAAUGAGAAACCAUAGCUCCAGCUCAAGGGUUGAACAAGAAGGGACCACUUAUAGUACUUCUUACUCAGACCAGGAGGAUGGUCUCAAGGAAGACGAAAUUGAAAGAUUUCUUCAUUCAAGGGUGAAACGAGGACGUGGGGCCAUUGGUUCUAGGAUGGACGAGCCUGGUCCAUACCUUGAUUCUUUGUCCCGUUGUCAUGAAAACGGACCUAGUCCUGAUAUACGUUUGGAAGAAAAAUGGGAACGUCGAGUACAAGGCCCAGAAAAGCCUUUGUUUUUGAGGUCCAAGUCUCCUGAUGAUCAUUGGUGUAAGGAAACGUUGGACGGAAGGGGAUCGAGCUCUGAACCACAGAGCAAGAAGGAAAAGAAAAGGAAGUCUGAGAAAAAAAGAGAAGAGGGAUAAAAGGAAGGAAAAGGACACGAAGAAAUCCAAGCAUCGCCAUCACCACCAUCACAAAAGCCGAAGAAGGGAGUGAAUGAGUGGUCUUGCCUGUUAGCGAGAUAGAAAUGUACACAAUGGUUCUGCCCUGAAAGUGGCAGCGACCUGAUUG